AUGACACUGAGAAUUGACCCUUGUGAGGAAGUUGAGGAUGAUGAACUCCGAAAAGAGGGGAUGUGUCCUUACUGUUUCCAGUUCCUCGUUCCUGAUAACCACCGCGUGCGUCUCAAACCUAAGAUGAAGGUGACUCCGCGGAUAGAGAGGGUUCUGAGACGAGAGACAAAGAACCAUAAACACAACAUGAAGCAGACAAAGCUGUUGAGAAAGUACAGAGACUCGAGAAGUGUUUUGCUGGUUACUUGCAACUCGUGCAACAAAACAACAAAACAUUAUGGUAAUAACAGAGAUUUUCUGGCUACCAUGACACACCAUUCCAUUAGAACCACUCCAACCAUUAGAACUGGCCUUAAGACACCAGAUCGGAAAAGUCCAUUUGCAAACAAAAUGACACCUGCAAGCUGCAGCAGGUCUGGAUCUAAAGGAAAGAGUCCAUCAUCACUUCCCAGAACUUGUAUACCUGGACAGACAUCAAACAGCUCUUUUUCCAAGACUCCUCGAAACUCCAAAUAUCACUUUUCUAAGCUAAAAUGGAUGCUUAAUCUGGAAGAAAAAGAGGAAAGUCAGAAGACAGAUUUGAAAACCUUAACUUUACUUUAAUUAUUCAUUAUUGCAAAAUAAUAGAAAUUACAGCAAUAAGUAUUUUUCCAGUUGUAGUAGAUCAACAAAAUUUGUGAUUUCUUUAAAACUCAGACUAAUGGUAUUUAUUGU